CCGCUGCUUCCUCUCUCAAAACUUCUUGUUUUCUUCUCCUUCUUCAGUCUUCCCUCAUCUCUGUAAGAGUAUUGAUUAAGCUUUUUACACUUGCGCUUGUAGGACGAUGAUAGAACAAAAUGUCUAGGCUAAGCAAAGACAUUGAUUCAGCGUUCCAAGGUGUUGGAACUAAAGGUGGCUUGGAGGUUUGGUGCAUCUAUAAUGAUCAGCUUGUAUCGAUCCCCAAGUCUUCUUUCGGAAGAUUCCACUCUGGAAAUGCUUACCUUCUUCUCAGCACGGCUUUGCGGAAGAUAGGAUCUCCCCACUAUGACAUUCACUACUGGCUAGGAAAUGAUGCAACUGAGGUGGAGUCAGUGUUGGCAUCUGACAAAGCACUAGAGUUAGAUGCAGCACUUGGAUGUUGUACGGUGCAAUACCGUGAAGUUCAAGGUGAAGAGACUGAGAAGUUCCUCUCCUACUUCAAACCUUGUAUCAUACCUGUUGAAGGGAAGUAUUCACCACAAAUUGGUUUGGCCGACGAGACAUACAAUAUCACCUUGCUAAUGUGCAAAGGAGACCAUGCUGUUCGAGUUAAAGAGGUGCCUUUUCUACGGUCGUCACUGAACCAUGAAGAUGUUUUUGUUCUUGAUACUGCAUCAAAAAUCUUCCUCUUUGCCGGUUGCAACUCAAGCACUCAGGAGAAAGCUAAAGCCCUAGAGGUUGUGGAAUACAUAAAGGAUAACAAGCAUGCAGGAAGAUGUCAGGUCGCCACUAUCGAGGAUGGAAAGUUUUUAGGUGAUUCAGAUGCUGGUGAGUUCUGGACUUUCUUUGGUGGUUAUGCUCCCAUUCCAAAGCUUUCACCUUCUACCUCACAAGAACAGACUCCAACUACAUGUGCAAAAUUGUUAUGGAUAGAUACUAGGGGGAAUCUUCAUCCAACUGAAACAAGUUCUUUGAGCAAAGACAUACUUGAGAAGAACAAAUGCUACAUGCUGGACUGUGAGAGGGAAGUAUUCGUUUGGAUGGGAAGAAACACAUCACUCACAGAAAAGAAGACAUCCAUUUCUUCCUCAGAAGAGUUUCUACGAAAUGAGGGACGCUCGACCAGCACUAGUCUAGUACUUCUAACAGAAGGACUAGAAAAUGCUAGAUUCAGAUCGUUUUUUGAUACGUGGCCUCAGACAGCAGAGUCUAGCCUUUACAAUGAAGGUCGAGAAAAAGUGGCAGCAAUGUUUAAACAGAAGGGAUAUGAUGUGGAGGAGUUUUCUGAUGAAGAAGAUGAGCCUCUUUAUACAAACAGUCGAGACGCCUUGAAGGUUUGGCGUGUGGAUGGUGAUGAUGUCUCGCUUCUCUCCAUUGAUGACCAGACAAAGCUGUUUAGCGGCGAUUGCUAUAUUGUGCAGUAUAAAUAUACUUACAAUGAAAGAAACCAAUAUCUAUUAUAUGUAUGGAUAGGUUGCGAAAGCAUGGAGGAAGAUAGAACUGAUGCCAUAUCUAAUGCUAGUGCCAUUGUUUCUUCAACCAAGUGUGAAUCUGUAAUGUGUCAUGUAUACCAAGGCAACGAACCUGCUCGCUUUUAUUCAAUGUUCCAGUCACUAGUUGUUUUCAAGGGUGGUUUGAGUAAACGGUACAAAAUGUUUCUAGUGGAGAAUGCUAACAAAGAUGAAAGCAAGGCUUCUCUUUUCCGUGUUCAAGGGACAAUCCGAAAGAGCAUGCAAGCAAUUCAAGUUAAUCUAGCAGCAACCUCCUUGAACUCAUCCUACUGUUACAUUUUACAAAAUGAAGAUUCUGUCUUCACUUGGAUUGGGAACCGUACCUCAGACUCUGAUCAUGAUGUUCUUGACAGAAUGCUAUAUAUCCUUGAUUCAUCUAGGCAACUCAUAUCAACGAGGGAAGGAAAUGAAGCAGACACAUUUUGGGAUUUGCUAGGUGGGAAGGCAGAGUACCCAAAAGAAAAGGAAAUGAGGAAACAAAUAGAAGAACCACAUUUAUUUACAUGUUCCUUUAAUUCAGAUGUACUCAAGGUGAAAGAGAUAUACAAUUUUGUGCAAGACGAUUUAACUACUGAAGACGUGUUACUGCUGGACUGCCAAACUGAAGUGUAUGUUUGGAUUGGAUUAAACUCAAACACAAAGUCGAAGCAACAAGCUCUUACUCUUGGUCUGAAAUUUGUAGAAAUGGACAUUCUGGAGGAAGGUUUAACCGUGAGGACUCCUGUGUAUGUUGUCACAGAAGGCCACGAACCACCAUUUUUCACCCGUUUCUUUGAUUGGGUUCCUGAAAAGGCAAACAUGCAUGGUAACUCAUUUGAAAGGAAGCUUGCUAGCCUGAAAGGAAAGGAGCCAGUCAAUAAGAGAUCUAGUGGAAGCCCCUGGAGAUCAGACUCAAAGGAGAAGGCAUCACGUGGUUCACGAAGUCGGUCAAAUGGUAGGACAAAUGGGUCAGAGCGAGGAGUAUCAUCUUGCUCCAGCGAAAAUUUUCAAAUUGUGAGCUCUUCAGAAGGCAGAGAAAGCAGCAUUGUUUCCACUCCAGUUGUCAAGAAGCUUUUCUCAGAAUCUCCUUCAGUGGAUACCAACAGUGUAUCGACGAGCUCAAAUUCAGACAUAUCUAAAGAGAAUCCACUGGGAGGAAUCAAUGUGGAUCUCAGUCUAGAGUCACUUGCAUAUUCAUACGAACAGCUUAGAGUUGAUUCUCAGGAGCCAGUGACAAAUAUAGACGCAACAAGAAGAGAGGCGUACUUAACAGAGGAAGAGUUUGAAGAAAGAUUCGAAAUGACAAAACCAAAGUUCUAUGCACUUCCGAAAUGGAAACAGAACAAACUCAAAAUGUCUCUCCGUCUUUUUUAAGAAAGACCUUUGGAUCAAGACAUGUUUUAGUGUAACUAAUGUUUCUAUUUAGUGCAGUGACCUCCCUGGUAUAAGUUGAUGCUUGUUCCUUACAAAACCAAAGUGGCACCUAAAUAUUUGAGAGUAUAUCUAUUGGAAGUCUUGAACUUCAUAAUUUUGACAAGAAUAGCAAUAAAC